GAUCUUUCUGCUCAUGAUUGUCGGAGCUUUUGGAACAGAGUGGAGUGUGAAGUUCAACCAACGGGAAAUAUGUGCUUUAAAAGGAUCCACAGUGUUUAUGAAUGGAACUUAUACUCACCCAGAAGGUCUUACAGUGAAUGAGACUUUCUGGUGCCUAGAAGUUCCAUGGGUCGAUCUAACUGAUCUGAGUAAAGACCCAGAUUAUUCAGGCAGAGUUGAGUAUUUCACUGAUGAACAGAAACACUUCUCCCUCAAACUGAGUGAUGUAAUGAAGAAGGAUGAACAUCAGUUCUGCUUCAGAAUCAUAACAGAUGUAGAUAAAGAAAAAUGGCUGGGUAAAUCUGGAGUUCAGCUCAGAGUUGCAGAGCUCCAUGUGGAAACUCCUGAAGAAGUGACAGAGGGAGAAACAGCAGAUCUGACAUGUAAAACCACCUGCAGUCUGACUGACCCAACAUUCAUCUGGUACAAAAAUGGACGUCCUUUAACCACAAAGACCAUCAAGAACAACCAGCUCCACCUGCAGACAGUCAGCAGUGAGGAUGCAGGCAGUUAUAGCUGUGCUGUAAGAGGAUAUCAACACCUCCACUCUACUGCUCAGAACCUCAGAGUCAGAUAUCCUCCAAACAAUGUCUCAGUGUCAAUCAGUCCCUCUGGUGAAAUAGUGGAGGGCAGUUCAUUGACUCUGACCUGCAGCAGUGAUGCAAACCCACCUGUGAAGAUCUACACCUGGUUUAAAGAAGGUGGAACCUCACCUGUAGGAUCUGGACAGAAUUACAGCAUCAUCAGCAUCACUGCUGACCACACUGGACUGUACUACUGUGAAGCUCAGAAUGAACAUGGAGCUUUAAAAGGAACCAUGAUGAACGCUGACCGUAAUGCUAAGGACGACACGUACACAGCUCUUCAGCCCACAGCCAGGUCCUCUGAUGAUGUGUACCACACACUUGCAGCUGUUCAGUCCAGUUCUCCUGAUGCCCUGUACACAGCUCUGGACCCUCAGUCCAGUUCUCCUGAGUACGACACUCUAGCAGCGCUACGUGAGACGGCCUCUAUAGUGCGGUGGUAG